AGGCUGGGUGAGGGAGAGCAGCGCCUCCAUCACACGGAAGCGUCCCCGCCGCAGGGAGGCUGAGGCUCUGGCCCUGAUUGGGCACCGGGUGGAGCUACCUUUGCGCUUUGCCUGGUCACGGGGGUAUAACAGGGGUGCGCGGGGCUGGCAGGCGGGGGACACGGGUGCACAGCCGGCGCGGACGCCCCACAGGCCCGUCGGGGACCCGAGGCGAGGAGAGGGACUGCCAGCAUCCCGGGACCCCCGCCCAGCCCCGAGCAGACCCCAUGGCGGACGCGGUGCUGCGCCGGCUCCUGAGGCUGCACCGCACGGAGAUCGCGGUGGCGGUGGACAGCGCCUUUCCCCUGCUGCACGCGCUGGCUGACUACGACGUGGUCCCCGAGGACAAGUUCCAGGAGACACUUCGUCUGAAGGAGAAGGAGGGCUGCCCCCAGGCCUUCCACGCCCUCCUGUCCUGGCUGCUGACCCAGGACUCCACAGCCAUCCUGGACUUCUGGAGGGUUCUGUUCAAGGACUUCAACGUGGAGCGCUAUGGCCGGCUGCAGCCCAUCCUCGACAGCUUCCCCAAAGAUGUGGACCUCAGCCAGCCCCGGAAGGGGAGGAAGCCCCCGGCCAUCCCCAAGGCUUUGGUGCCGCCACCCAGGCUCCCCACCAAGAGGAAGGCCGCAGAAGAGGCUCGAGCUGCCGCGCCAGCCACCCUGACUCCAAGGACCACCUGCAGCCCAGGCUCUCAGCUGAAGGCCAAGCCCCCCAGGAAGCCGGAGAGCAGCGCAGAGCAGCAGCGCCUUCCGCUCGGGAAUGGGAUUCAGACCAUGUCAGCUUCAGUCCAGAGAGCUGUGACCGUGUCCUCCGGGGACGUCCCGGGAACCCGAGGAGCCGUGGAGGGGAUCCUCAUCCAGCAGGUGUUUGAGUCGGGGAGCUCCAAGAAGUGCAUCCAGGUCGGGGGGGAGUUUUACACUCCCAGCAAGUUCGAAGAUCCCGGUGGGAAGAGCAAGGCCCGCAGCAGCGGUGGCCUGAAGCCUCUGGUUCGAGCCAAGGGAGCCCAGGGCGCUGCCCCCGGUGGAGGUGAGCCUAGGCUGGGCCAGCAGGGCAGGGUUCCCGCCCCUCCGGCCCUCCCCAGUGACCCCCAGCCCCACCAGAAGAACGAGGACGAGUGUGCCGUGUGCAGGGACGGCGGGGAGCUCAUCUGCUGUGACGGCUGCCCUCGAGCCUUCCACCUGGCCUGCCUGUCCCCGCCGCUCCGGGACAUCCCCAGUGGGACCUGGAGGUGCUCCAGCUGCCUGCAGGCGACAGUCCCUGAGAUGCAGCCCCGAGCAGAGGAGCCCCAGCCCCAGGAGCCACCUGUGGAGACCCCGCUCUCCCUGGGGCUGAGGUCGGCGGGAGAGGAGGCGAGGGGCCCACUCGGGGAGCCCCCAGCCGGCAUGGACACGGCUCUCAUCUACAAGCACCUGCCAGCCCCGCCUCCUGCAGCCCCCCUGCCAGGGCUGGACCCCUCGGCCUUGCACCCCCUACUGUGUGUGAGCCCUGAGGGGCAGCAGGUGAGCCGGGAGACAGGCCUUCGCUGCAGAUCCUGCUCAGGAGACGUGACCCCGGCCCCUGUGGAGGGGGUGCUGGCCCCCAGUCCUGCCCACCUGGGCCCCGGGCCCGCCAAGGACGACACUGCGAGUCAGGAGCCCACUCCGAACAGGGAUGACCUGGAGUCCCUCCUGAGCGAGCACGCCUUUGACGGCAUCCUGCAGUGGGCCAUCCAGAGCAUGGCCCGCCCGCUGGUGGAGGCGGCUCCCUUCCCCUCCUGACCCCGGACGGCCAGGAUAGCCGGCGGCCUGGAGCUGCCCUCCCUCCCAGGGGCAGCAGACGGCGCUGAGCUCCCCCUCACGCCACGCAUCUCUGAUCAGAGGGCGCCGAGAAGGAUACCUCCUCCCUUAGCCCUGGAAGCCGGCCGGCUGGGACCAACAAGAAGGGGCAGCACCACGUCUUGUCCUCGGCUGCAAACACAGCCCUGUGUUUUGCAGACAGCAGCCAUCACGCCUGGAAAUUAAAACCUGUGGUUUCGAGUUA